AUGUCCGCUACCAUGGACCCGGACGCACCGUCGGUGCUCACGAGCGAGGUGUACAACGCCGCCGAAGCAAUCUUCAGUAUGCUACAGAACAAAGAGAAGCUUGUGUCUUUCCUCGACUGCACAACGCUUCUGCGUGGCAUGGGGAUGAACCCGACGCACGAAGAUAUGGACAAGCUGAAGGAGCGCAUGGCGCAGCCCAUCCUCCGACUAGAACAGUGGCGUCGAGAGGAGGAGCUGAAGCGCGAAAAGGAGCGGCGCAAAGAGGAAGCGCGCGAACGGAAGGGCAAGGGUCGUGCGAGCGUCGCGCUUAGCAGGAAGUCGAUCGUGAAGAAAGUCGCUGACCCUGGAGCUGAGGCAGCACCGGUGGACAUCACACCUGCUGAGGAGAUUAAGAACAUCGACUGGAACAUCUUUAUUAGGUGCACGGAGAUGAUUUUCCGAGAUCGCAUGCGCGAGGAGCGCGCGGUGCUGGAGGCACUGAAAGUUUUCGCCGGAGACUCGUCUGCAAUCAUGUCGCGUGACAGGCUCAUCGAAAUUGUCACCACCAACGGCGACAAUGUGUUCACCCCAGCAGAGGUGAAGAUGUUGGUUGGGAUGCUGCCGGAGAGCUGCCCGGUAAAGGAGUGGGCAAGGCGGAUUGAGGGUACGUACGUGGCCCCCACGCAGGAGGAGAUCGACACCGCUGCCAUGCGCGAAAUCGAUGCACGCCGCCAACAGGAGGCGACAGAGAAGCAGAGGGAGACCGAGAAGGAUCCGUUGGAGGGAUUGUGA